AUGUCUCACCUUUUAGCUGCUGCUAACCUUGACAAUGUCUUUCCCCACUCUCCACAAUUCAAACCUACUGAAUCUCCUUUGAAUGACAUCAUGGAACUCUCACUCCCUGAAAGCCUUGUGAGCGAAGAAUCAAAUAAUGCAAACGACUCAGAAAAAAAUGAAAACCAAUAAAAUAGCUAACCUAAAAGAAGACUUACUAUAUAUGAAUUCUUAGAUAGCAAAAGAUCCAACUCUUUUUGA